UGUUUGUCACUUCUACUCUUUUUUUUAAUCAGAAUUGAAGCUGUUAUCAGUUUAAGAAAAAAAAUGUCUUGGCUUGUAAUCGGCGUAUCGGGUGUUUCUUGCUCCGGAAAAACUAGUCUGGCUCAAUCAAUUGCAAAUGUAUUCAGUGAUUCAGCUUUAACCGAAAAGUUUUAUCCAAACCUUAAAGUUGGACAAGUGAAAUUGGUUUGUCAAGAUGACUACUUCUGGCCGAUUGAUCAUCCGAAACAUGAGUGGGUCCAAGUUAACGGAGUUGACCAUAUCAAUCGUGAACAGCUAAGUGCAAUGGACAUGGAUAAAAUGAGCGAUGAUUUGAUGCGUAUAAUUGGAAAUGGGAAUGUUGUCUCAAAGGGUUCAAUUACCGCGGCGGCAGCAUCAAAUCCGCUAAACAUUCUGAUAAUUGAAGGAUUUAUGAUUUUCAAUCACAAACUAACUGCUGAACUGUGCCAAGUGAAAAUUUGUUUGAGCAUUUCGUUCGAAAAGUGCUUCGAUCGACGAAAAGUGCGUGUAUACAAACAACGAACCCCGCCUGGCUAUUUCGAGAAUUAUACAUGGCCGUUGUAUGAAAGUCACUUCAAUGAAUUCAAAAAUAUGGAAGGCUUAAUCAUAAUUAAUGGAGGUGAUACCAUGGAAUCUUGUACCGAUAAGGCUUUGUCGUUUAUCAAAAUGUAUUUAUAAAACAAAGAGGUCAACGAACCGUGAAAUUAAAACUUUAUUAAAUUUCGUUUAUUCGGAACAAA